AUGAUGAUGAUGCGGAAAGCGCUGCUCACCUCCUCCGAAGUAUCCGUCCUCGCGUCCAUCUGCGUCGUGGUCCUCUUCACGCUGGCCCUCUUCCUCAGCGGCUACGCUCUGCAGCAGCGCACGCUGCACGAGCUCCGGCUGGCCGUCCGCCCGGGCCACACGAGGCCGUCCCCGCGGGCCCAUCUGCCGAGCCCCCUGGACCGGGCGACGGGCGACGGCCCCGCCGCGGCCGGCAAGUACGAGCUGGAGGAUUCGGACGCGGACGCGGACGCCAAGGCAGCCGCCAGGGCAGCCGCGGAGGCAGCCGCGGAAAUGGCCGGGGCGUCUGCGUCUUCCGGGCCCGCGGGGCCGGCGAGGGGGGAGGUGGCGCAUCCGGACCCGCGGGCCAGGAACCCGCUGCCGGUGACGAGGGCGGAGCGGAGGAGGCUGAUCAAGGAGGAGGUUCGGAAGCUGGCGCGGACGGGGGGGCCGGCGGGCCGGAGGUGGCGGCUGUGGUGA